AUGAAUAAAUAUAACGUCACUUACGGUCUAAUUGUUCCGCAGGAUCAAGCUUCAGAAGAAUCGCACAUCCUACCGAUUACAAAAAUCAUCAAACCACUUAAGCAUUCACGUUACUUUCUUACAUGUGGCCGAGAUGGUACUGUUAUUAAGCACACGAAGAAUAAUAAAAAGUACGACCGUUACCGUAUGCAAAUACACAGCGAUUGGGUUACAGACCUCGUUGAGGUUGCUGAUGAGAAAUAUAUUGCAGUAAGUCAAGAUUUUUCAAUAUGCCUUUUGACAUUGCACGAAAAAGAUGAGAGUUGGGAGAGCAAAAUUAUCGGCUACCAUGACGAUUAUGUUAAGUGUGUUAGACGUCUUCCAAGUUCCGAAACACAUGAGAUUCGAUUUGUUACUUGUGGCCUUGAUAAGAGGCUUAAGAUAUGGGUGCUUAAGGAUACUAACACGUCAAUCCUUUUACACACUUUCAAUAAUGAUCAAAGCAACGAUACUGGCUCCUUAUAUGCAUUGGAUACUGUGCAUGAUGCCUCACUACCUUUUGAUAUUGUAGCUGGUGACAACAAUGGAAAUAUUCUCUUUCUUUGUGGCAAGACAGGCGCAAAAGUUGCAAUCAUAAACAGCGCUCACGAAGCAAACAUAAAAGUGCUAAAGGUUAUGGAUGACAAUAGAAAUUUGAUAACUACUAGUGCCGAUGGCAUGAUUAAACUUUGGAAACUAUCUGAUGUGUUAAAGAAAGGCUCUGAUUCUCUUAUUCAUGCUUGGAAAUGGUCCUGUCCCGUAUGGUGCAUAGAGGGUGAUAAUUCUCAGUCUUUUUAUGUGGGAGACAGUCGGGGACUCAUUACCAAGGUGGUAAUGGAUCGAGGAGAUUGGUCGACACCUUCACUUUCAACAUUUUGCAGAACUGAAAAAGAUGGUGAGGGAGGCAUACUGGCAAUGCAUGAAUGCGAUGAUGGCGACUUUUGGUUUUCUCGCUCAGGAAAUUCAAAUCUAGUCAUCAAAAAAGCAGACUCCAGAAUAGUGGAAAUAGUUCAAGGGGGUUUUGCUUUAUUAAAAUGUUGUCUAUUGACUAAUAGACGACAUGUAAUCACUCAAAACACUAGAGGCGAAGUACAAAGGUGGGACAUUGUUUCAUGUACACUGUUAGAUACCUUCAAUUCAUCCAUGGGUACCUUUAAUGAUUUGGUUAAGCUAUACAAUACCAAAGAAAUUCUGCCCCAUUGGUGUUCUGUUUCAAUUAAGACCGGGAAGCUUUUUGUUAAGCUCUCUCAAAAAUUUUUGAGCACAGAAGUUUAUGGAAGUGCUCUACAACAAUACAAUCUAAUUAACAAGAUUGAGUUGAGUGAUGACGAGCGGUAUAACUUGGGUCGAAUUGUAAUUAACUCUAUUCUAGACGAGUUUAUCGCAUACGAGCUAGAGAAGGAUAAACAAUUCAGGAAGGAGCUUGUAACAAGAAAAUCUUCUGCUCCUGGUACCCCACAAUUAGUCUCUCAAAGUCACAUACCAACAGAUCCUCCACAGAUGGAUGCUGCCCGUCCAUCGAUAAAAGAGAAGCGAAGAUUAUCCUUGUUCACCAAAUUUACUUCGAACUCUGCGAGCAACAGUCAACAAUUGACGCCCACAUCUCUUCCUAACACUCCAAUGCUUGAGCGAUCCAAUCCGCUGAUAGGCGAAGAGCAUACACUUUCAACUCCACCUGCGACAGCUCCACUGCUCCCCGAUAGUACACAACGGGAAAGCUUCGACCCGCUACCACCUAGUGCAAUGCAACCGGAAGGAAGAUCUGCGAGUUCAGGUUCCCUUUUAACAAGAAAGUUAAGAAUGUUUUCCUCUAAUAAUAACAAUACCAACGAGUCAUGUUUAAGCGAUGAAAAUGAGGCAGAACCUGAGAACAAUAUUCCAUCGGAAGAUGGGCCUUUGGAGUCUUCCAACGAAGGCAAUCUUGAGGAAAUCAAAUUCAAGUUUUCAUCUAAAAAUUUUAAUGGAAACGGGUUUUCAACUGUUAAUGCUAAUAAUAAAGGGAAACCAACUGGGAAUGAAAUAAGCACAAACCCAUUAGAGAAGAAACGCGAGUUCAUGUCUGACUUCAUGGAGGAAUUGCGGGAGGGGUAUACAAAACAAAAUGUUUCAAAUUCUUCUUCAUUGCGGUUACUUUCAAAAAAGCUUCCCGAAUCGAAAAUUACCAGAGAUUACGAAUCUCCCAUAAUCGAACUGACGACCGGUGUGUUAUUAGUCGUCAAUUGCUGGAAGGAAGGGGCGUGUGGCGAUACUGUAUGUUACUCAACGUAUCUUCCAGCACCGCAAUAUGAGAACAAGAGUCCAGAAGAAGAUUCCCACAAAACCCAAAUUUUUGAAAGUCUUGAGGCAAACCUGCCCUACUGGAUAGCCGAAGCUCUUUUCAAAGAUGAAAAAAUAGUUAAAGAAUAUCCGAAAUUGAGUUUCAUAAUUAAACCAUGGGAGGAUCCCUCUGCCUCAACUUCAGAGUCAUCAUCAGAGCAAAUCCAACAAUCACAUCACCAUCACCAUUUGUCUUUCUACAAAAGUAAGACACUCGAACCGCAUACUCAAAUGUUGCCCCACAUUGCGGAGGCAAACACGAAGCUAAAUGCACCUAGCAUGAUAAAAGUAAAGAAAAUCAUGCGCUACGUGGUAGAUCGAUUCGAGACGCGGACUCCAGAGAUGAAAACCAAGGCAGAUAUAAGUGAAUGGCUUGAAAUUUUAUGCAAGGGUCAGGUGCUGGAUACAGACAUGACAUUGAGCACUGUGAGAACCUUAUUCUGGAAGUCCCAAGGUGAUAUCAUUCUAGAAUAUCGCCGCAAAGCAUUGAAUGAUGAGAAGAAAUAG